CUCCCGGAAGCAACUGCUUAGGCUACGCCCCUGUCUGUGUAGUUUGUUCCCCAGCGCGCGUGGAUCCUAUGGAUCCCAUGUGUGCGGAGAGUCCUGCAGAGGACUCGAACAAUGAAGAGGAAGACCUUGACUCCACGAAGGCAGCACCCCGGAUCCGUGAUGCCCCAGAAGACAUCGUGCUGGAAGCCCCAGCCAGUGGCCUGGCGUUCCAUCCUUCCCGAGAUCUGGUGGCAGCAGGGGACGUGGACGGGGACGUGUUCGUCUUUGCCUACUCUUGUCAGGAGGGAGAAACCAAGGAACUCUGGUCCUCAGGACACCACCUCAAGUCCUGCCGAGCUGUCGUCUUCUCGGAGGACGGGCAGAAACUUGUGACUGUCUCUAAGGACAAGGCAAUCCAUGUAUUAGAUGUCGAACGGGGACAAUUGGAAAGACGAAUUUCCAAGGCUCACAGUGCCCCCAUUAACAGUCUGCUGCUUGUGGAUGAAAAUGUUCUGGUUACUGGGGACGACACAGGUGGUAUCCGGCUAUGGGACCAGCGUAAAGAAGGCCCUUUGAUGGAUAUGCGGCAGCAUGAGGAGUACAUUGCUGACAUGGCUCUAGACCCAGCCAAAAAGCUGCUGCUGACAGCCAGCGGAGAUGGCUGCCUUGGUGUCUUCAACAUCAAGAGACGCCGCUUUGAGUUACUCUCAGAGCCUCAGUCAGGAGAUCUAACCUCUGUCGCCCUCAUGAAAUUCGGGAAGAAGGUGGCCUGUGGAUCUAGUGAGGGGACCAUCUAUCUCUUCAAUUGGAAUGGUUUUGGAGCUACAAGUGACCGCUUUGCCCUGAGAGCAGAGUCCAUUGACUGCAUGGUUCCAGUCACUGAGAAUCUGCUGUGUACCGGCUCCACAGAUGGAAUCAUCAGGGCUGUGAACAUCCUGCCAAACCGAGUGGUAGGCACCGUGGGCCAGCAUGCUGGGGAGCCUGUGGAGGUGCUAGCCCUGUCCCAUUGUGGCCACUUUCUGGCCAGUAGUGGCCACGACCAGCGCCUCAAGUUUUGGGACAUGACUCAGCUUCGAACUGUGGUUGUGGAUGACUAUCGGCGACGCAAGAAAAAGGGAGGGCCGCUUCGUGCCCUGAGCAGUAAAGCUUGGAGCACGGACGACUUCUUUGCAGGGCUGAGAGAAGAUGAAGAGGAUGCCAAGGCUCCAGAGGAGGUGGUGAGGGAGAGCGAUGACGACAGUGACUGAGGGACAAGGAGCUGUUUUCUGGGACAGAUUUCCCAAAGAAAUAUGUUGAUGCUGUAGAUUGAACCUACUACAUUGAACAUGAUAAGCUUAGCUCUACCAUUGAGUUUCUAUAUUCUGCUGUGUCAUGUAAGAAAUGACAUGAACUCAGGGCCCCAAAGUGGGAAAGUAUUUUCUCCUUCUAUCAUUGUAAAACAAACUCUAUGGCCACUACAGCAAGAUAGCAGACACAUGUAUAUACCAACCAGGGUUUUAAUAUAAAUAAAACCAGUAUAGAAAAACAAACCAUAUAAGCCCAAACCAGGGACAAGUGGUGGGAGGAAGGGCUCUUUACUUCAGCCAGUUCUCCAAAUAAAAACAAAAGAUUCAUAGUAAA